AGAUUUGGGGGCAGCAAUUUGUACACAGAGAUGAUAUAAUAGGUCCAAUUAUGCGUGGAGGACUCAGUCAGGCACUGCCACUAUUUACUAAUACUGUCCUUUCUGAUAGUUCUGAUGUUCAGUUGGAAAUCUCUGUUGGGAGCAGAAGACAUCUCAAUCGGGAAGAGAAGGGAAACCUAUGAUGGAAGACGUUGGACAGAAUCCACUGGAUGAUGUGUGCCAGAUGAUGGAAUUACCAGCAUUAGAAGCCAUAAAACAGAACCUCGACUGCCUAAAUUCAGACCUUGAAAAGGACCUGCAGAAACUGGAUAUGGAGAAUCAGGUUCUCCUUAGAAAAAUUAAAGAGAAAGAAGAAACUAUUUCAAGUCUGGAAAGAGAGCUGGCCCGGUCACUAGAACAAGCCAAAGAGGAGGAGGAAUUGACCUCUAUCAUAAAUGAACAGGAGGAAUCCCUUAGGGAGCUGGAAUUAGAGACAGCAAAGCUGAAAAAAAGUAAUGCAGUCCUAAGCAGGAAUGUGGUGGAGCUUCAGAACAAGAUUUCAGGGCAAUUUACAAAUGUCAGUCUUGAAAAAGAAACUACAGAGCAGAAACUGGAGGAAAUUAAGGCGAGGCUACAGAAGACAACAGGGUCCUGUGCAAAGCAAGAGGAGGAGCUGGCCAAGAUGGAGAGUGACUACCUAUCUGUGCAUGAGCUCUGUAAGGACCAGGUCUACUAUGUAAAGAAAUACCAGGAAGCCCUGAGGAAGAUGGAAGAGGAAGAGGAGGUGCUGCUUCUUGAAAAAGAAAUAUCCAAAGCCCAGAAUGUCUCCUCUCAAAUAGUGAAACAGGGGUCAGUUUUGGUGGACACCACCCAAAGCAACAUGGAGAAGACAACCAUUAAGAAACAGGAGAGAAUCUGUUGGUACAAGCAUUUCCAGUAUGUCAUCUUCAUGGUCCUCAUCUUCAUUAGGUUGCUGGCUUAUGUGUUUUUCCAUCUGCAGUACAUAAACCCAGACCUUCUUGUGGAUGUCCUGCCCCUGGUGCUGAGCAGGGGCACCUUGGAGAGGCUGAGGGAGGUCUUAUUUCCCUUCCUCACUCUAGCAGUAGAAGAAGCACUACCACACUAGUCUGGGGUAACCUGGAGGCAUCACCCCACGCCCAAGUGGAGGGGGCCAUGGCUGUGGCCCCAUGUUGGGGAUAGCUUUUGACUUAAAGCUGCUACUUGACAUCUGAGUUUUUCAUUUCGUUCUUUCCCUGUUUUCCCUCCGGACUGCCUCUCAUUCAAAUAAAGAAUAUGUUUGACAAGAGUUCACAGUGUUGGUCUGUGAAUUUAGUCUGUGAAUCUUGGGACCUCAAUAGGUAUUCACAAAUUCCACUCUUUGCUGUUGAGAAGAGCUGCACUAAAGGCAAGAUAAUAAAAACUC